AGGUUCAGUCGCACAUCAUCGCAUCAGAGAGAAGCAGCAGCAAUCAGCAGUCAGCAAAUAAAGCAGCGAAACCUUACCAUUUGAUACAAGGGAAAAUAAUAGGAACCAGUCAGCCAGUCAGUUUAGUGGAAAAAAGUAAGCCCGAGCCAAGAAAGAAGAAAAGCUCCCAAGAAGAGGGAGAGUAGCGCAGGGAAGCAAUCAGCCAGCUGAAAAACCAGUUUAAUUUUUCGCUUGCCUUCCUUAGCAAAACCCACAUUCGUCGUGUCCGGUCGGUAGCUCGCUCGCUGGCGCAAGGUUUUUCCUCCUGGUUAGUGCUCGCCCAGAAAGUGUCGCGGAAAAGUGGUGGUGCGUUUUUUCCCGUCGUGCAGUGCCGUCCCGUUCGUGAAAAUUGUCCUCUGCUGGUGCAGAAUCGGUGUUUUUCUAGUGUCAAACGUUCACCUGCGGCGGGGUUCGACUGGCGAGGCGAUUCGCACACUGUGGUGCUGCGCGGUUCUCGGGGUGAAGAGGUCGAUCGUUGUGUAGUGUAUACACAUAGUGUGCGUUUUUUGCUGUUUUGUCAGUGCUCUGAAAACCCUGCACCUAAAGGGUGUUCACGAAAAAUUCAUCACUAUUAAUUAGUUACUAUUUUGCAGCGGAUUUCUUUGAAAUUCAGGAAAAAAGCUAAACCCGAAGGAAACACAGUGUACUGAAGCAGUCAGCAGCAGCAGUAGCACCAGUAUAGGAAGCAAGCACAGCAGUUCGAGCCAAAGGAGUAAGAAGAGUUUAGAGCAAUCCAACCAACCAACCAGCCCCAAAGAGGAGAGAUUUUUCGGUUCGAUUGGUUUCGGUUUCAAUUCGCAGUCUUCUUUUGUGUGCCUAUGCCUACAACGGCGACGAAGACCACGACAACGGUGACUACGACGACGACGUCUUGAGCAGUCAGUGUCAGGAUUCGAGAAAAGUUUUUUCCCUUCCUAAACACACCACAAAGCACACGGGCUUUUUCGUGUGCGGAAAAAGUGCGAGUUAGUAGCGAAAAGAGAAGAAAUAAAAGUGUGCCCAGUGAUUCGUAGCAGCCAAAGCGCACUGAAAUUGUUGCAGCUGAAAAAAAGGAAAUAGUUUUCUAUAGUUGUGAUUUUGGUCGUGAGUUUUUUGCGGAUCGAGGAAUUUUGCUGUUGGUGGAAGGAUUCUGCUUGGACAAGUUCGAGAUUUUAUCAUUCGAGAAUCAGAUGGUGUUCCUGAAUAAUCAAUAACCAACCCUUGUUCUACGACGAAGACACAAAAGCCCACAUUCUUGAACGAGUCAUCAAUAUCUUGGAGUUGGUAUUGCUUCCCUCCCAUCAGCAGACCCCCGCACGCCUCAACAGGAUUUCCCCGGUAAACGCCGUUCGGAGAGAAGAAGAACAAGAAGACUGUGUUUUUACUGUUUGUGUGUUGUUGUUAUCCCUGUUCCAACCCGGAGCCUUCGCAGAUCGUUUACAAGUGAUAUUUGAAAAAGCAAACGAAUCGAAAGAGGUGCCACUCGUUACACGCGGUAUAGUGAUAAUAGGAAGGAGUUGUGUUUUUUCGGUGUUACCUCCUAAUUCCAGUUCCGAGUGCCGCAAAUUGUUACCGCAAAUAUCGUGUUAAGGAAGCCCCAGCGCAACAACGUAGUGAAAGAAGAGAAAUCCCUCAAAUUCUUCGUCGUCCGUAUCUAGCUACCAGCGCGUAGCUAGCCAUCCCCUCAGCUAUUCACCUCUUCAACAACCCGACGAAGACGACGACGACGACGUCGAGUUCGUCGGCCACCGGAGGAAUCAUUUCGUGCGUGUACCCGUUCCACCAGCAAGCCGGCACAAUUGAACCGUUCAAGCUGGCCACCCACAUACACCCGACGGAUCCGUUGGCUGCCGCCCAUCACGGAACGAUGUCGAUACCGAACCCUGCGGGACAGAUAGAGGGCGCCCUGGCGGCGCCCAAGUACGGUACGCUCAUUCCGAACCGGGUAUUCGUCGGUGGUAUCAGUGGCGACACGACGGAAGCGGAACUGUGCCGGUUAUUCAGCUCGUACGGCAACGUCAAGUCAACGAAAAUCAUCGUCGACCGGGCGGGCGUCAGCAAAGGCUACGGAUUCGUAACGUUCGAAACCGAACACGAGGCACAAAGACUGCAGAGCGAUGUAAGUAUGAAGGGAGACUGUAUCGUGCUGAGGGACCGCAAGCUAAACAUAGCACCAGCGAUUAAGAAGCAAACCAUUUGCGCGACGAACGGUGCCGUGUACUACGCAGCCACACCCCCGACGCCGACGAUCAACAACAUCCCCAUCGAGCAGUUUGCGACGGCAGUCUACCCGCCCGGUGUGCCAACAAUCUAUCCUCCGACGAUGACGCCCUACCAGCCGUUCUACCAGUACUACAGCGUGCCAAUGAAUGUACCGACAAUUUGGCCUCAGAACUAUCAAGGAAUCUAUCCUUGUUAAAAGUAAAGAGACAGUGGUGUUGAGAUAAGUCUUGAGACACAACCUAGCAAAAAAGAAAACAAAAUCAGAAACUUAUUUAUUAUCAUGAGUAAUAUUUAUACAAGAAAACAACCAGAACGAAUCCGUUACACAAAAACAAAGAAAAUAACACGGCAAAAGAGCAAAUAUGAGGGCAAGCCUGGCACUCGAACACGAGAGACACACGUCUACUAUAUACUACUAACUAUUACUAUAUUAAAUUAGUAAUCAGAAGCAGCAACAGCAGCAGCA